CUAGUAAUGAUAAACCCUACUAGUCUCUAAUCCUGCAAACCCUUUCGGCUCUAUUUCUCUCUUCAAAUCAAACCAAAUCAACUAUCGUCUCUCUCUCUCUCUCUCAAACCAAAUCAAACCAAAUAGUCUCUAAUCCUGCAAACCCUUUCGGCUCUAUUUGUCUCUUCAAAUCAAGCCAAAUCAACUAUCGUCUCUCUCUCUCUCUCUCUCUCAACUUUGAGCACCAAAAACCCCCCAAAAAUAUGGGCCAUAACGAGAACAACCACGGCGACAACAAGGAAGAGGUUGAAAGGAGAGGUCAACAAUCGAAUAAGAAGAGAAAACGCAAAGAAGUCGCCAUCUUUGGCAAUUACAGAAACUACUACGGCUAUCGCGUUGGUCAGGACUUGGAGGAAGAUCCUAGGUUGAAGGUUUUGAAGAAGGAAUGGUUUGAGGGCAAGGAUUGUCUUGACAUUGGUUGCAAUAAUGGGACGAUAACCAUAACAAUUGCGAAAAAUUUUGGCUGCCGAAGCAUCCUUGGAGUCGACAUCGACGGAGAUCGAGUCCAGGAUGCAUAUUGGAAUCUCAGAAGAACUGUGAAGACGAACACUCGUAAGAUACCUCCCAAGACCUCCAAGUUGGAAGAUGCAGGGGGAGUAAAUGGUGUGCAAAACAGUGUCACCAAUCUAGAGACUGAAGAGACUAGGGAGAGUUUAAUGAAUUGUUCCUCUUUGCAAGGAAAAGAUCUUUUAAAUAUUGUUACUUUCCGAAAGGAAAAUUUUGUUCAGAAUUGGUGGCCACCAGAGGAUAAGUGCUACCAUACAAUUCUUUGGGAUUUGUUUCCUACUUUUUGCAGUUUAAGUGUAACAAAGUGGAUCCAUUUGAACUGGGGUGAUGAUGGAUUGAUUCUUUUAUUUGCAAAGAUCUGGAAGCUUCUUCAACCGGGUGGCAUUCUUAUUUUGGAACCCCAGCCGUGGCAAUCAUAUUACAAAAACCGUCAAGUGUCAGAGAUGGCACAAACUAAUUAUCACAAUAUUAAGAUUUAUCCCGAUGGUUUUCAAGAAAUUCUUCUGGACAAGAUUGGAUUUAGAAUGGUAGAAAACAUCACUUCCCGCUUAUCAGGCAGCAAAUCUGGAUUUGACAGGCCAAUUCUGGCUUUCUGGAAAUGAUUCUUUUGGUGCUGUCAUUUAUAACAUGGAAUGUGGAAUCCUGAAAGGAAGCUUUUUUAUGCCUGUUUAUUGCACGAGGCUGGUGUGUUGCAUUAGAAUAUCGGUGAAAUGAGUUGAAAGAGCUGAUAUAUGCUCUUAAUACCCUAAAUAUGAAAAUUAAGUCAUUCUUUUUGUGAAUUUUGAAGAGGUGUAGAAUUGUUUUCUCCCUUUCUUUGAAAUGCAGGGUGGUUGCUGAGAGAGAGAGAGAGAGAAUAAAACUGUUUUGUUUGUCUGACACCAAAUACAACCUCUGUAGAACAGGCAAACUCAAGUAACAACUGUUUGACUCGGUAUUUUUGGUACAAAAUUUUUCACUAAUAUAUUAGAGUGCUGCUAUUAGCACAAUAUCAAUUA